UAUUUUGCUGAACAGUAUCUGUUAUAAGCCAAAUCGGAAAAAUGACAAUAUUACUAUUCUUACUUCAAUCAGAUCGCCUCAGUCUGUUGUCACCAACCACUGACCAACAACCCCAAUGUUUCCACGUUCAAGAAAGAAAAAAAGUUUUCAUUCUCUACUCCCUUGACCAUCCAUUAUACAAAAAUAUUGUCCUCAAGUUUUGUGCCUUCCUGAUGGCCAAAUGUGGCACCGAAGUCAUCCUGGAUCUGCUGGAUUCUACCCGGGUGGCAAUGCUGGGCCGAAUCCAAUGGCUAGACUGGCAGCGAGAACGAAUUGAAAGUUCCUCAGAUAAGAUCCUCCUUCUUUGCUCUAAAGGAGUGCAAGCUAAAUGGAGAGCCAUGUGUGGAGAGAAGCGGGUUCUCCUGAGAGAAGACCUCCGCUCGCCUAUGAGUGACAUGCUCACUCCUGCUCUGGGCCUCAUCGUGCCUCAACUGGUGCAUCGCGCUUCCUUCGAGAAGUAUAUGGUGGCUUACUUUGAGGGCAUUUGCUCUCCGGAGGAUGUCCCCUCACCAUUUAACGUUACAGUUCGAUACAAACUCAUGAGACAAUUCGAAGAGCUGUUCUUUCGAAUCCUAGAUGCUGAAAAGCAGGGGCCAGAUAGAGUUCGUUAUAUUGAAGGACUUGCAGAGGGCGAGUAUCACCACUGUUCCACAGGCCGAGCCUUGCUGGAGGCCUUAGAGGAUUUUCGGGCAUACCAACGGAAGCACCCGGCGUGGUUUGAAGAGCAGCUGGUGGAGGACUUGGAUGUUGAGGACCUGGACUGAUUUCCAGGCAGGGUGAUCAUUUUUAAUAGCGCAAAGUAAUUAUUCUAGGCUUGGGGUAAAUAUUAUGAACAAUGUGGCAAUGCCACUUCAUUGUUGUAAAAUUUUUAUCCUGAAGGGAAAUAAUUUUU